CUUCUUUUUUGUAAUCGUGUUUAUAUGUUUUGAUGAAUUCUAAAUCAAUUUGUUGUUGUCUAGAAUGGAUUAUUGAAAAUAAUUUCUGUCAGAUGAAUUUUAAGGAUAAGUCUGGAAUGAUUUUUAAUAAAUAUACUAAAUUGUGAGCAAUGCUGAUAAUUCUUGUUUUUGUCAUAAGCAUUUCAAAUAUAAGUUCUACCUUUAUUUCUGGUUUAUCACAUGAACUAUUUCGAUUCAAAGGUGUGUUUGAUAUGGUUAAAACCCAAAAACCAAAUGUAUAUUACCCAAGAGAUCCUGACUAUUAUAAAAUUUUAGAUCAUUUCAAUGCUACAGCAGAUUCAGAAAACUUUUAUGGUUAUCGAAUACAUGGUUGGUUCCUUGCACCAAUUACAGGCAGUUAUAGAUUUGUUAAUUUCUGUGAACAAAGCUUUAUUCUUUACCUUAGCAGUGAUAUGGAUCCAGCAAAAAAAAAGUUAAUUUUAAAACAAGUGCAGAGCAGCCAAAGCAGCAUUAAACAAUUUAGAGUUACAGAUAUGUCAAGUUCUGUACCAGUUUUUAUGGAAGAAAACAAUAUAUAUUAUAUAGAAGCAUUGUUUUCUGUUAUGAAACCAGCUAACUGCUUUUCCCUUGGAGUUCGUCUUCCCAGACAGAGUGAUGUUGUGCAACCUAUCCAAAAAGAUUGGUUGAGCCCAUUACGAAUCGAAACAUGUAUUUCUUUGGAUUGCGACCAACCAGCUAAUGAAAUGUGUAUAUUUGAAAAUAAAAAGUAUGUCAUCUGUACUUGCAAGAGUGGUUACAAAAUUUUAAAUAAAGCUAUUUUUUGCAGAGACAACUUUUUUAUUGGCCAGGAUUUUGUUUCACAAACUAACAAUCAAAUUGCAUCUAUCAGAACUAUUUAUAAGGAAUUUUAUGUUUCAUUUGAUAUUUAUCCACUUUUUUUUGACAACGUUUGGCAAAAUGUUAUUCAUCUAACACCUGGGGGAAAUCAAGAAAGGUAUGGGGACAGAAUACCUGGAGUUUUCCCAAAAAACGAUUCAUUUUAUAUUUCUUCUGCAAUAAAUGGUUCAGCUGAUAAUGCUUUUUUAUAUAAUGAUUUGUUUCCAUUAAACACAUGGUCUAGUAUUCAAAUAUCACAAAAGCUUUUUUAUGCUCAAUAUAUUUAUAUCAUCAAGCUGAACAAGACAACUAUCUUUUCUACUGUUAAUACUAAAGCUGAAGAUUUUCAGAAUGUUAAGGUUUAUGCAUCUGAUCCUUGGCACAAAACUUUAAAAGGAUUUAUUAGAAAUUUAAUUAUUUCAAGUGGUAGCACUGGUGGUUUUCAAAAAGGGAACAGUGGCUAUUAUUAUAAAUUUUUUGAUAUAAAUAUGAAAUGGGAAACUGCAAAGCAACAAUGUCAAAUUCAUGGAGGGCAUUUAGCAACUGAUGAAAAUUCUGAUUUACAAGACAUUUUAUUAAAAAAUAAAGGAAAAGUUUAUUGGAUUGGUGCUAGUUAUGAUAGCAUUCAAGCUCAAUGGGUAUGGAUUAAUCAGGAAAAAUUGCUUGGUACUCGAUGGAAAAUGGUAAAACCUAAUAUAGCAAAACAAAGUGGUUGCCUGAAAAUUCAAAAAGACAUGUAUUGGGAUAUUUCAGAUUGUAAACAGUUGCUGCCAUUUUUGUGUCAGAUAGGACAUUGGGAAGCUUGGAGUUCAUGGAGUUUUUGUAGUUCUUCUUGUAAUUCGGGAUUUACUACAAGGGUGAGAUCAUGCAACAGUUCAAAAUAUUUAUGUGAAGGAAACAGUACUGAAAUAUCUAUAUGUUUUAUCAAACCAUGUGAAGGAGCUUGGCAAAACUGGAAUGAAUGGUCUAGUUGUAAUGCAACAUGUGGUGAAGGUUUUUUUAAGAGAACUCGUGUUUGUAAUGAUGUUUACGAGUGCCCUGGGAAUAAAGUAGAAUAUUUUAAAUGUUACAGUAAUAAAACAUGUCCAGGAGCUUGGCAAGAAUGGAAUGAAUGGUCAAGUUGUAAUACGACCUGUGGUCAAGGAUUUGUUAUCAGAACUCGAGUAUGUAGUGAUAUUUUUGUGUGUCCUGGGAACAAAGUUGAAUAUUUAAAAUGUUACAGUAAUAAAACAUGUCAAGGAGCUUGGCAAGAAUGGAAUGAAUGGUCUAGUUGCAAUACAACAUGUGGUGAAGGCUUUGUUAACAGAACUCGAGCAUGUCAACAUAAAUUUGUGUGCCCUGGAAAUAAAAUUGAAUAUUUAAAAUGUUAUAGUAAUAAAACAUGUCAAGGAGCAUGGCAAGAAUGGAAUGAAUGGUCUUGUUGCAAUUCAACCUGUGGUGAAGGUUAUGUUAACAGAACUCGAGUAUGUAGCAAUAUUUUUGCGUGUCCUGGAAAUAAAAUUGAAUAUUUAAAAUGUUACAGUAAUAAAACAUGUCAAGGAGUUUGGCAAGAAUGGAAUGAAUGGACAAGUUGCAAUUCAACCUGUGGUGAUGGUUUUGUUAACAGAACUCGAAUAUGUAGCGAUGUUUUUGCGUGUCCUGGAUACAAAGUUGAAUUUUUAAAAUGUUAUAGCAAUGCAACAUGCCAAGGCGCGUGGGAGAAAUGGAAUGAAUGGUCUAGUUGUAGCACAACCUGUGGUGAUGGUUUUGUUAACAGAACUCGAGUAUGUAGUGAUGUUUUUGUGUGUCCUGGGAACAAAGUUGAAUAUUUAAAAUGUUACAGCAAUGAAACAUGUCAAGUCAAAUGGUCACAUUGGAGCAAAUGGGAAAAUUGCAAUGUUUCCUGUGGAUAUGGAUACAAAAACAGAACGCGAAGCUGCAAUAGAAAAAAUCUUUUUGAAUGGUGCUCUGGUGAAUCUUUUGAAACUAAUCAAUGUUUUGAAAAUUUUACUUGUGAAAGAAAUUGGACCAAUUGGAGUGAAUGGUCGAUAUGUAACAUUUCAUGUGGUUAUGGUUUUAUGAAUAGAACACGAGUUUGUAAUACUACAUAUGCAUAUGAAUGGUGUUUAGGUCAAAGUUUUGACAAUAGUAUAUGUUAUAGCAAUCGUUCUUGUAUAGUGGAAAGACAAUGGAGUCCAUGGGGAGGAUGCAGCAAAACAUGUGGCCAAGGAAUAAUGUUAAGAUCGCUUCUAAAGUUAAAUCAUAUUGAUGAAGAAGUAAAAGAAACACAAAAUUGUAGUCUUAUAAUGUGUCCAGUUGAUGGUGGAUGGAGUGAAUGGGAUAAUUUUGGCCCUUGUUCAAAAACAUGUGGUGAUGGCCUCAUGGUUCGACUAAGGCAUUGUAAUAAACCGCUUCCAAGAGAUGGAGGAUUGUAUUGUUUUGGAUUAAACAUUGACUAUAGAAAUUGUGAACUUGAUACAAUAUGUCCAGUUCAUGGAGGGUGGUCAGAUUGGACUACGUGGUCUCAAUGCAAUCAACCUUGUAAUGGAGGGGUAAUGAAAAGAUUCCGUGAUUGUAUAAAUCCAAUACCUUCCUCAGGUGGUAGAGAAUGUGAUGGAAUCAGCAUGGAUGUUGUGUCAUGUAAUAUGCAUAAAUGCAGAAGGGCUACCAUAAAUCUUGUUAUGUAUUUCCCUGAGGAAUUUUAUGCAGAUGAUUAUGCUAAACCUAAUAGCAAACCUUCGUUAAUUUUAAAAGAGAAGAUCAAAUAUCUGAUGAAUAAAAUCUCUGAAGAACACUUAGCAGAAAGAUAUUUUAGUGUAGAAAUACAUUCAAUGAAAAAUAUAACGAUGAAUAAAACAUUUCCAUAAAAUGCCGUUUAUUGAGCAGAAUGAAUUUAAUGAACUGAUUUUAUGCAUUUAACAAAAAGAUAUAAUUUUAAUUAUAAAUAUUAUGAAUUAUUUUUAUUUAUUUUUUUUUCUCUUUUUUAUUUAACCAGUAAUAUUCAAACUUGAUGUACACUGUUAAAACUAUUUAAAUGAAAAAUAUUUUUUUUG